CGCUUUUCCCGGAAGUGUUCAUGACGCUCUUCUCGUUUGUAGCCUCUCACUAUUUCUUCAAAUGUCUUUGUUCAAAGCGGAUAUGAUCUCAUGUUUACGUAUUACACACCUCAGUGGCCCUAAAGUGGUCUAUUGACGCUCUGAGUUGAAAAGGGGACACUAGACGUAGUCUAUUAUCGUUCUUUAUUAUUGUUUUAGUGUAGAAACCGAGGCUAGUGAGACUACACCGGACGCAUUGUCAGUCGGCGCGCUGUCUGUCUGUCUGUCUGUCUGUCUGUCUGCUCUGCUGGAGGCUAAACUCGCUAGCACUCGGUAGCUGCCUGCCAGAAUCAGCAGACAGAAAGCGAGCCAGAGGCAGUCAGCCAUUAUUUGAUUGCGGUAACCUGCCCUCUUAUGUACUGAAAGUAGUCAUGGCAACUAGGCGCCUGACCGAUGCCUUCUUAUUAAUGCGGAACAAUGCGAUCCAAAACCGACAGAUAUUGGCUGAGCAAACAUGCGCAGUACUGACGCAACUAUGAACUGACACGAUUACACAGUUAACGCACACAAUCACAAGCGCGCGAUCUGGCAGAUUUAAAACGGUCAUCAAUUAACGAUCAAAAUGGACAAAAUUGUUAUUAGAGGAGAAAAAAAGAUGUGAGGAAAAUACCAAUGAAAGAACACAUGCAAACAUCAGGUGUCCCAUUAAUGCUGGUGGAUGAUCGGAUGGCUCUGGUGUCUGGAAUUAGUUUGGAUCCAGAGGCUGGCAUCGGUGUCACCAAAAGGCUCUCACCCAAAUGGAUAGAGGGUGUGGAUGAGAUUCAGUACGAGAUCACACGUAUACGGCAGAAAAUGAAGGAGCUGGCAAGUCUGCAUGAUAGACACAUGAACCGGCCAACACUGGAUGACAGCACCAAGGAGGAGCAUGCCAUCGAGAUCACUACCCAGGAAAUCACACAGAUGUUCCAUCGUUGUCAGCGUGCAGUGGUGGGGCUGCAGUCGCGGUCUGGUCACUGUACAGAGCAGGAGGGGAGGCUGCUCAGAAACGUCAUCUCCUCAUUGGCUCAGAGCCUUCAGGAGCUCUCAACCAACUUUAGACACACACAAUCCAGUUACCUGAAACGCAUGAAGAAUCGUGAAGAAAGGUCUAAACACUUCUUUGACUCUGGGCCUUUGAUGGAGGAGGAUGAAGGCAUAGCACUACAUGACAGGGGUUUUACAGAUGACCAGCUUGCUCUGGUGGAGCAAAACACAGUAAUGGUGGAAGAGAGGGAGCGAGACAUCCAGCAAAUUGUACAGUCCAUCUCUGAUCUUAAUGAGAUUUUUCGAGACCUUGCUAGCAUGGUGGUAGAGCAGGGUACAGUUCUUGACAGAAUUGACUUCAACGUGGAGCAAGCCUGCAUCAAAACGGAGGAUGGACUGAAACAGUUACAAAAGGCUGAACAGUACCAAAAAAAAAAUCGAAAGAUGCUGGUGAUUUUAAUCCUGUUUGUCAUAGUCAUCAUUCUAAUCCUUGUUCUGUUUAUGACAAAGUUCCAAUGAUGCAGUUUAUGUGUACCCAACUGAAGAAGCAAGCUCUUUUGUGUGAACUUCCUGUGAGCCAUCUAUUCUCACAUAAACGCAAUAUAAAGAAACAGCGCCCACUAAUGUUCUUCUUGUGCAGAAUUUGGCGUUUCAGAUAAAUCCAGUGACAUGAAAAGGGUGCAGUUUCCCCUCCUGUUACACAGGCUUCAAAGUAAGCCAGUCUUUGUGCUUUAACGAAUUGUUUUCCAUAACUGUUUUCAAGUUGUCUUGUUCUCAGUAAGGACUAGAUGUGUAAGUAAAACGACAGCUUCUUCUUUAAUACUGUUGCUACACAGAAAAGCACCUCUCAAAUCCACCCAAAAGCUAGAAGCCUAGUUUUGUGUGUCUUUUUCUUAUCCAAAAGUUUCUUUUUUUGCUUCCAUUCCUUGUCUUCAGUUUCAUUUGUAAUUAACAACAGCAGAAAACAAAGAAAGAUGCAAAAACAACAAUUCUUUAGUUGUUGGCCCUUUAAAAAGGAGUCCAUCGUUCCUGGUUAUAAUGUGCACACUACAGCAUGCUUUCACACAGUCCCUGAACUUGAUUCCAGAAUUUGCUUAAUGAGGAGCAAAAACAGGGAGAUACCAUGAAAAGUGGAACAUUGUUCUAGUAGUUCAGAAACAUGAGGAAGUGUUUCAUAAGUGACCAAAUUUUCUCUUGAUCAUGAGAGACUUGUGACCUGAAUAAAUAGCUUUGGUUCAGUCUGCUUGGUGUGUUGGCAUUUUGCCCUUCUCAGUUGAAUAAUGGUUUUUAUAACCACACACCUGUGUGAUUUAUUAAAAUUUAGAUUACAAAUGUUAACCCCACCCCCACCCCCCUCGGCAAGCUAUUUGUAAGGGUUGAAAUUGUGACUGUGAUUGUAUUUAUUGCACCUGUCUGUCUCUGAUUAAUGACCCUGCCACCUUUGUCAAGUGGACCUUUGACCAAACACAACUCAGGUCUAAUGUAUGUGACUGUACUACUGCUGUGUUCUGUACAAUAUGAAAUUAGAAUGAAAUUUCAGUUAUUUAUUUUAAAUACAAAAAUACUGUAUCUUCAAAACUAUGCGGACACCUGCCGAUCGUACCCACACAUGCUUGUUGAACAUCCCAUUCCAGAUUUAGUCCCCCUUUUCCUGCUGUAACAGCCUCCACUCUUUUGAAAAGGCUCUCCAUUAGAUUUUGGAACGUGGCUGUACUGCUUUCAACCAAAUGAGCAUUAGUGAGGUUGGGCAAGAAGCCUUGUCAGCACAGUCAACCGAUUUAUCCCAAAGAUGUUCAGUGGGGUUGAGGUCAGGGCUCUGUGCCGGCCAAUAGGGUUCUCCCACGCCAGCCUUGCUCCAUAAACCUUGUGUUUACGGAGCUCAGUUUGUGCACAGGGGCAUUGUCAUGCUGGGACAGGUUUGGGCUAGACCCCUUAGUUCCAGUGAAAGGAAAUCUUAGUUACAUCAUACAAAGACAAUCUAUUGUCUAUCUAAUUCUAGACAAUUGUGUGCUUUUAGCUUUGUGGCACAGUUAGGGGAAGGCCCAUAUGUAGAUGUGCUGGUCAGGUGUCCACAUACUUUUGGCAUUAUAGUAUUUAUGGAGUGUGAGUGUUGAGGAUAAAGGGUCUGUCUUCAGUGUAUGUAGGGAAAGAAAGGUAUUGUGUUUGCCUGUUCAAUGAUUUAGACAUUUUUUGUUUGUUUGUUUGUUUGUUUGUUUCAAGAAUUCUUUUAUGAAGAGGUCUAUAUGUGCACCCAAACUUUAUGAAAUUCCCACAUGGUUUGAAAAGGAUAGAUAUAAAUCCUUGUAUAAAUACUGCAGAUCUUUAUUUUAAGAAGGGGUAGAGUAAGUAUUAAUCAUGCCUGCAGCAUCCAGGUCAGCAUUUGUUGAUUUCUGAGGUUGUGUGAAGAACUGCUGUGUCAGUAAGGAAAUGUAUCUGAUAUUUUCUAAAGACUGAAUAUUGGAGAGUUUUUAAGGAAAUUAAACAUAUUGAAGUAA